AUGUCAAACUUCCUCAAUCAGGACUUCGGAUCGGACGAGGAGGACGAUGACUUCAACCCCCCUGCGGAAGAGUCUGACGUCGAGGAUGCCAAGCCCGCGAAAAGACGCGCGAGCUCCGAAGAUGCCGCCGAUGACGUGAAAUACGACGGCGGCGCUGCUGAAGACUACGACGCCAAGGAGGCCGUAGACGAUGAUGAAGGCGCCGAGGAUGGCGAGGAGAACGGUGAUGAGGACGAUGACGAGGAGGAUGAGGACGAUGAGCAGGCUGUGGAACAUCCUCGCAAGCGCAGGAGAGGCGGUGUUCACUCCUUCUUCGAAGAAGAGGCUGGUGUCGAUGAAGAAGAAGACGAAGCCGAAGAUGAGGAGGAUGAGCUCGCCGAGUUUGGUACCGAAAUGCAUCCCGAUGAUCUCGAUGCUCUGCCUGCCGGCGCAGAGACCGAUGAUCGCCGUCACCGACAGCUCGAUCGCCAGCGUGAGCUGGACGCUACAAUGGACGCCGAGAAGCAGGCACAGAUGCUCAAGGAGCGCUACGGACGAAACCGCGCCGCUGCAACGGAUGCCCUCGUGGUUCCCAAACGACUACUCCUCCCUAGUGUGGAGGACCCCAGCAUUUGGGGCUGCCGCUGCAAGCCCGGCAAGGAGAAGGAGGUCAUCUACUCUAUCCAGAAGCGCAUGGAAGAACGACCCGCCAAUUCGCGUAACCCAAUCCGACUCAUUUCCGCAUUCGAGCGUGGAAACAUCAUGCAGGGUUGGUUCUACUGUGAGGCGCGCCGCCAAGCCGAUGUCACCGACGCCCUGGAAGGUAUUGCGUUUUACUAUCCUUCUCAGAAGAUGACCUUGGUUCCGGUCAAGGAGAUGCCCGAUCUGUUGCGCGUCCAGAAAUCUGAGGAGCUUAUGCCUGGUGGUUGGGUCCGCAUCAAGAGAGGCACAUACCAGUUUGAUCUUGCCCAGAUUGAGGAAGUCGAGACUAACGGAUUGAACGUCACCGUACGACUGGUCCCCCGCCUGGACUACGGUAUGAAUGACGACAAUGCCCCUAUGCUCGGCCCUGAUGGCAAGCGAAAGCGUGCUGCCGUCAACAAAGUCAGACCUCCGCAACGCCCAUUCAGCGAGGCAGAGGCCAAGAAGAAGCAUGCCAAGCACCUUUCCGCUACAUCUGGAUUGGGUGGCAAGUCAUGGAGCUACCUCAACGAUACCUACAUUGAUGGCUUCCUCAUCAAGGACAUGCGUGUCCAGCACUUGAUCACGAAGAACGUCAACCCCCGGCUGGAGGAAGUGACCAUGUUUGCUCGGGGAGGAGAAGAUGGAACCGCCAACCUGGACUUGGCAUCUCUCGCGGAGACAUUGAAGAACUCCACCGCUGAGGAUUCCUAUCAGCCUGGUGAUCCUGUCGAGGUGUACCGUGGAGAACAGCAGGGCUUGAUUGGCCGAACUGUCUCGACCCGGGGUGAUAUUGUCUCACUUCAAGUCACCGAGGGCGACCUGGCUGGCCAGACCAUUGACGCUCCGAUUCGCACCCUUCGCAAGCGCUUCCGCGAGGGUGACCAUGUCAAGGUCAUCGGGGGCAGUCGCUAUCAGAAUGAACUUGGUAUGGUUGUUCAAGUCAAGGACGACACUGUUACCCUGCUCAGCGACAUGAGUAUGCAGGAGAUCACAGUUUUCAGCAAAGAUCUCCGCCUUUCUGCUGAGAUGGCCGCUGAUGGCCAACUCGGCAUUUACGAUGUCCACGAUCUUGUUCAGCUUGAUGCUGCGACCGUUGCGUGUGUGAUCAAGGUCGAUCGUGAAUCUCUUCGUGUUGUGGACCAGAACGGUUCUCUUCGAAAUGUCCUGCCCACUCAGAUUGCUAAUAAGCUUGCUCCUCGACGAGAUGCUGUUGCAACUGAUCGCAAUGGAGCAGAGAUCCGGAAUGGUGAUACUGUCCGUGAGGUCUAUGGAGAGCAGCGAAGUGGAGUUAUUACUCACAUCUACCGCUCCUUCCUCUUCUUGCAUAACAAAGCCCAGACCGAGAACGCCGGUAUCUCAGUCGUGCGAACCACUAAUGUUGUUACCGUGUCUGCCAGAGGUGGCCGCCCUACUGGCCCUGAUUUGACCAAGAUGAACCCUGCUCUGGCUAUGCAGACUCCGGGUGGUGGUAAUCCAAACAUGCCACCUCCUCGUCAGGGUGGUCGGGAUCGACUGAUCGGAAAGACUGUUGCUGUCCGCAAGGGCCGUUACAAGGGGCUUGUUGGUAUUGUUCGCGACUCUGACGAUAAGACCGCCACAGUCGAACUGUACACAGCCAACAAGCCAGUUCUAUUACCACGGGAAAUUCUCGUUCCCAAAGAUCCGGUCUCUAAGCAGACAUUGGAAAUUGGUGGAAGACCAAGCUCACGUACCCCGUCCUAUUCGGGCUCUGGCGCCCAAGGUGGUGGUUGGCAGGGUGGCCGUACUCCUAUGGCUGGGGCCGAUUCUUCAAGAACCCCGGCCUGGGGUGGCUCUUCAUCCCGAACUCCUGCCUGGGGAGGUUUGAGCGGCUCCCGUACUCCUGCUUGGAAGAACGAUGGAUCACGUACCUCCAAUCCUUAUGCGGAAGGAAAUCGUACCGCCUAUGGUGGCUUGGGCAACCGCACGCCAGCCUGGAACUCUGGAUCUCGCACGCCACAUGAUUCUGGCUCUGGUUACGAUGCCUUUGCUUCUGGAUCGCGCACUCCAGCUUGGGGUGCCGGAGGUGCUGGUAACCGUACCCCUGCGUGGGGUGGCUUGCCCAAUAGCCGUGAUCAGCGUGAUUUCGACGAUGCCCCAACACCAGGUGGAGGCUACUCUGCUCCCACCCCGGGUGCCUACGGCGCUCCUACUCCUGGUGCUUCUGCGCCGACCCCUGGCGCAUGGGCUGACAAUGCUCCAACGCCCGGCGGAGCUUUCAGUGCUCCAACCCCUGGUGGACUGCCCAAGCGCGGAGGCUACGAUGCUCCUACCCCUGCAGCCUUUGACGCACCCACACCAGCGAUGGGCGGCAUUGCUGCUACCCCUGGCGCCGGCUAUGCCGAUGAUGAUGGUGGUCCUCGUUACGACGAGGGCACGUCGAGCCCGUAA